AUGGCUGCUGGGAUUUUCAACUCCACAUAUUACGGCAAGGACUACCGCGCCGGCGCCGCUCUCUUGCGUGCCCGCCGGCCGUUCCUGGUCAAGAACGCCCUCACUGGAUUCGGCCUGUUCGCCUUCACAAUCGGUGUCUAUGCCUACACCAUCCGCGCCGUCGGCCAGGAGGAAUUUUCUGACGUGAAAGUCCCCGAGGCGCCCGCGCAGCCCCAAGCCGAGAAGAAAUAA